CAAAAUUUCAAGUAUCUUUCGUUCUCAGUCAAUUAAUUUUCGUGUUUUAAAGACCACAAAGUACCCAUCUGGUCCAUCUCGAUUUCGUGUUUUAAAGACCACAAAGUACCCAUCUGGUCCAUCUCGAUCCCACACACGACACAACUUUACAAAAAAAGAAAGACCAAAAAACAAAGAAAGCAAUCAACAAGAAAAUGGACAUCACCCAAAUCCUGCUCCUCUCCUUUCUCUUUCUCUCUAUCUCUAUCAAACUCUUGCUCACAAAAUCUAACCGGAAACCUAAUCUUCCUCCUUCUCCGGGUUACCCUUUACCGGUUAUCGGCCACCUCCACCUCCUCAAGCAACCGGUCCACCGAACAUUCCUCUCCAUCUCUCAGUCCCUCGGAAAUGCUCCGAUCUUCCACCUCCGCCUGGGAAACCGCCUCGUUUACGUUAUCUCCUCACAUUCCAUAGCCGAAGAAUGUUUCACCAAAAACGACGUCGUUCUUGCGAAUCGUCCUGAUAUCAUCAUGGCCAAACACGUCGGCUAUAACUUUACCAAUAUGAUUGCAGCACCUUACGGCGACCACUGGAGGAAUCUCCGCCGCAUUGCCGCCGUCGAGAUUUUUUCUUCUCAUAGAGUCAGUACUUUUAAGUCUAUCCGUAAAGACGAGAUCCAACGGCUCAUAACACUUCUCUCUAGAGACUCCUUACACGGAUUUGUUGAAGUGGAGUUGAAAUCAUUAUUAGCCAACUUGGCAUUCAACAACAUCAUCAUGAUGGUAGCCGGAAAGCGAUAUUACGGUAGCGGUACAGAAGACAAUGAUGAAGCCAAGCUCGUGAGGGAACUUAUAUCGGAGGUAAUGACGGGCGCCAGUUCUGGCAAUUUGGCUGAUUAUCUUCCGAUCAUAAAUUGGGUCACAAACUUUGAGAACCAGACCAAGAUUUUGGGGAAUCGACUCGAUAGAUUCCUGCAAAAAUUGGUUGAUGAGAAACGUGCAGAGAAAGAAAAGGGUCAAACUUUGAUCAAUCAUUUGCUUUCUUUCCAAGAAACCGAACCCGAUUACUAUACUGAUAUCAUCAUCAAAGGAAUCAUACUCGCUCUGGUUCUUGCGGGGACAGAUACAUCUGCAGUAACGUUGGAAUGGGCAAUGUCAAAUUUGUUGAACCAUCCAGGGAUACUUGAGAAAGCGAGAGCGGAAAUCGAUGAAAAAAUCGGUUCAGACCGGUUAGUUGAAGAAUCAGACAUUGGAAAUCUCCAUUAUCUCCAAAACAUUGUGUCGGAAACACUACGUUUGUAUCCUGCGGUUCCACUACUCCUCCCUCAUUUCUCAUCGGAUGAAUGUAAAGUGGCGGGCUACGAUAUGCCACGUCGCACGUUGUUAUUAACAAACGUAUGGGCGAUGCAUAGAGAUCCAGGUUUAUGGGAAGAGCCAGAGAGGUUCAAACCGGAGAGGUUCGAGAAAGAAGGAGAGACUCGAAAGCUAAUGCCGUUUGGGAUGGGACGACGAGCUUGUCCUGGAGCCGAGCUUGGGAAGCGGUUAGUAAGUCUUGCUCUUGGCUGUUUGAUUCAGUGUUUCGAGUGGGAGAGAGUUGGUGAAGAACUUGUGGACAUGACUGAAGGCGAAGGGAUCACUAUGCCUAAAGCUACUCCGUUGCGAGCUAUGUGCAAGGCACGUGCCGUUGUUGGUAAAGUGAUAUAAUUAACCUGUAACUGUAACUUAUAGUUUCAUACAUCCCACGUGUUCUUACUUCUUAGAAAUAAAAGUAUUAUGUGGUCAAUAAGUUGGAUGCAGAGCAAUAAAAGAAAUAAGUGUUUCGACUUCCA